AUGCCUCGCACACUCUUAGAUCAAAAGCAAAGAGAGACCUUUAAAAAAAAAAUUAAAUAUAACCUUCUCGAUUCAGAUUACGAACGACACACUCGCUCGGGAACAUUGUCUGCGUCUCACCUGUCUUUAAACUUUUGCUUAAACAUGUCAGUCAAAGUUAGCCCAGUCACUGAGCCAGUUUGGCUUGGAGAAGGACCGCACUGGUCCCAGCAACACCAGGCUCUGUUCUUCGUCAGCAUCUUCGACCGUUCCGUGCAUAAGUAUGAUCCCGCUACCGGAAAGUGCACUAGUUCUAAACUCGAGGAUAUGCCCGGCUUUUUAAUCCCCGUGGAGGGGAAGAAGGAUCAAUUUGUGGUCGGCCUGAAGCGUAAGGUCGUCGUCAUUCAGUGGGACGGCAGGGACGGAACUGCGAAAGUCGUUCGCACCGUCGCGGAACUGGAUAAGCACACACCAGACAACAGGAUCAACGAUGCCAAAGCUGAUCCCAAAGGGAGACUGUUUGUUGGUACUAUGGGCCACGAAUAUGAACCCGGCAAAUUCCAUCUGAAGAAGGGUUCCCUGUACCGAGUAGAUCCAGACGGACAAGCGCACAGAGUGGUGAAAGAUGUGGACAUAUCCAACGGUUUGUGUUGGGACGAGAGAGAAAAAGCCUUUUACUACGCGGACUCCUUUGAGUAUGCGAUCAGACGGUACGACUGGAACCCCGAUACUGGCGAUAUUUCUAAUCCUCGCCUAGUAUUCAAAUAUGCAGAUCAUGGAUUAGACGGCAUCGUGGAUGGGAUGACCAUAGACACCGACGGCAAUCUCUGGGUUGCCAACUUUGACGGAUCCCAAGUUAUAAAAAUCGACCCAAAGGCGGGCAAAUUACUCCAAAAAGUACCGACUCCCGCACUGCAGACCACGUCCGCUACUUUCGGCGGCUCCAAUUUGGACAUCCUUUAUGUGACCACCGCUUGCAUGAACCGAGGUGUGGAGCAGAAACCCCCCUGCGGUUGCACCUUCCAAGUCACAGGAUUGAAUGUCCGCGGACAUCCAAAUGUUAGUGUUAAGUUAUUGUAA